AUUUUAAUUUUAAUUUGUAGUUCAAUGUCUUUUUGAGUUGUAUUUUUCAUGUGACUCUUGGUGUGAGUAAAAGACCAUGCAUGCAUCUCUGUUUUGGUGUUGUGUCGUGUGAUGUUAGUUUUGGAAAUUGCUUUGGUUGGUGUUGUUUGUUAUUAUUUUAUGAAGGUUUGGCUAGUUUACACUUUUGAUAAAUAACAGUCGAGCAGUUUGUGAUGAAGACUGAAUAAAGGGAUUCAUGUUUCUAUGAAGUCAAUCAAACCAUGGAAGAGUGUCUUGCUUGAUGGGAAAAUCAAGUUUGAAGAUCAAGAGGCUGCCUUUUAUGGCAGUUGCAUGUACAGUAAUGUUGUUCGUUGUAUAUAGGACUUUAAAGUAUCAAUAUAACCAAGAACAAGCAGAGAUAGACAAAAAGUGGAGUAUCUGGGGAGAGGUAGAGCCAUAUAAUUCACAUUCCGGAAAGUUGAAAGGCUUGCCACGAGGUAUAAUAGACGCUACUUCAGAUUUUGAGUUAAGGCCGUUAUGGUCGCCAAGUAAUUUAAGAUCGAAGGUUAAUGUUUACUCGGAUCGUAGCUUGCUGGCAGUUCCAGUUGGUAUCAAACAAAAGCAUAAUGUAGACGCCAUGGUGCAAAAGUUUCUGACAGGAAAUUUUACAAUUAUUUUAUUCCAUUAUGACGCCAAUGUGGAUGGAUGGUUGGAUCUUGAUUGGAGUGGCAAGGCCAUACACAUAACUGCUCAAAACCAAACAAAGUGGUGGUUUGCAAAAAGAUUUCUACAUCCAGAUAUAGUUUCUAUUUAUGAUUACAUCUUUCUCUGGGAUGAGGAUUUAGGGGUGGAAUAUUUUUCUCCGUCAAGAUACAUUGAGAUUGUAAAGGAAGAAGGGUUGGAGAUAUCUCAACCGGCUCUUGAUCCAGAUUCGACGGAGAUACAUCAUAGGAUUACAAUCAGAGCCAGAACCAAAAAAGUGCAUAGAAGAGUCUAUGAGCUCAGAGGUAAAACUAGGUGUUCGGAUGAAAGUGAUGGACCACCGUGCACCGGGUUUGUGGAAGGUAUGGCUCCUGUUUUCUCUCGAUCUGCUUGGUACUGUACUUGGCAUCUUAUACAGAAUGACCUUGUCCAUGGUUGGGGAAUGGAUAUGAAACUAGGAUAUUGUGCUCAGGGAGAUCGCAGUCAAAAUGUGGGUGUUGUUGAUAGCGAAUAUAUUGUUCACAAGGGAAUACCAACUCUUGGCGGUAGCAGUCAUGAUACAACCAAAAGACAUGGCUCAACAGCCGUUGAUCAGAGAACCGAGAUAAGAAGGCAGUCAACAUGGGAACUCGAAAUCUUCAAAGAGCGUUGGAAUCAAGCCAUUGCCGAGGACAGAAGUUGGGUUAAUCCAUCCAAGAGUGAUCAAAGACGCAAAAGGCGAAGGCGCAACCGCCAACUAUUUUUUUAGCAGUUCUUUCAAAUAAUCUGUUUUGAUCGGUUAGCCUAGCUUCUACAUAUAGUCAUAGGUAUAAUUUAGUUUUUGUAACUGAGUGAAUUCUCAAUUCAUUCAAUUUUGGAAGAUUCCAUAUUUCUUAAUAUUCUUUUGUUCUUUCAAUUUUGUUCAUUGUCUUUUUUCCACACUAUACAA